AUGAGCCAACCAGAACAUCAAGUCAAGAAAGAGGUUACCGUGAAAAAUGAAAAUGGAAAUAAUACACUAACUAAGAAUGGAUCACCAUCGCCAUCAAAAUCAGAAGAAUGGCAAACAAUUCCCUUGAAAUCUUGCGGUCCAGAAGAAGUCGAAGAUAUUAGAGUCCACUUGAUGAAAUUUGCAACAAAGCAGGAGGUAGACAUUGUAAAGGAUUUUGAGAAACCUGUGAGACUUCAUAGAAAAGAUCCAAGAAAUAUGCAGUUUCACUUGACUCGGCAAGAGUUGGAUCAAAGGCGAAAGGAAAAGGAGGAAGCCGAAAAGGAAAGACUGAAACGCGAGGAGGAAGAAGGUGCUGUGGUUGAAGGAUCAAGCUCGGCUCAGGGAGCUAACCCAAACUCUGAUACAAAUACCUCCAAGUAUAACAAAGGUCUGGCUGAUAUGUCACAAGUAGCCCCAGAUGGUGGUGCCCGUAAGAAUAAGAAGAAAUUAUUCAAACGGAAAACGAAGCAAAUCAAUCUAAUGGAUGAAGCAAAGAGGAAGUUGCGUUACGAAGAGCACUACCCAUGGGUGAUUGAAGAUUAUACUGGCAAGAAUGUGUAUGUUGGUAAUUACGAAGCCGGAUCAACAGAACUGCAGCAUGUGUUAUUUGUAUUUGACAAGGACGGAUUCAAAAUGAUACCGGCUGAGAAGGUGUAUAGGUUUACUCCUAGAAACAGAUAUGCUACAUUGACACUAGAAGAAGCGGAAGCUAAAAUGGAAAAGAAUUCAAGUGUUCCCAGAUGGUUGAUGAAACACAUGGAAAAUGACUCAAUAGCAGAAGGCACUCCAGACCAAAGGUUCAGAAACAACUCCCCCUCCGCAAAUGGUAGAGUUAUAAGCAAUGGUGCUGCUCAGAAUAGACGCAUGAGGACGGUUUUGGGUGGUGAUGCUCGUUCCACUGAGGAGAGGGAUUCUGAUCAUGACGAUUUAGAUUUCGAGGAGGAAUUUGCCGAUGAUGAAGAAGCUCCUAUUAUGGAUGGGGAUGAAGAGGAAAAUAAAAUGUCUGAGAAAAAGAUAAAGAAAGAUAUGUUAAAGGCAUCGGCGUUCAAGGCAGAGAAUGAAGACGAUGAGGAUUAUGAUUUGGAUGACUUGUUUGAGUCUGAAAAAUCAAGAAAAGUUGACAAAGAAGGUAGGAAGUUGAGGAAAGUGUUGAACAAGAGAGAGGGAGGGAUUUAUGAUAGUGAUGAUGAAGAGCAAAGUUUGAUGCCGUACAUAUCCAAAUCGGAUUUGGAGAGUGAGGAGGAAAGUGAAGAUGAGACCGGAGUCAAGGUCAAGGAUGAACCAACCGAGAAUAAUUCAACAGAACUUGCGCAAAAGUCUGGAGUCAGAAACUUCAUCGUAUCGUCUAUAGCUGAUGGGUUUGUGGUGGUAAAAGCCCCAAAAGAGUUUCUUUCGACUUUACCUCUGGGUGAUUGGAAUCCAAACGUUCCUAAACGCUCAAGCCCUUCGCCAGAACCUUCGUCCCCUAGAAAGAAAAUCAGGUUGGAAGAGAAUUCGCCAGCAGUUGCAGUCAAGAAGGAACCAUCACCAGUAGCCACAUCUGUUCCUGGUUCUCCCGUUGAUGCAAAUGUGUUGGCUGAUUUGAAUGAUGCGGGGUCAGACAACUUGUUAGUAACAGUUGAUGAUGUAUUGACUAUAGUAAGAAACCAUCCAUUAACAACGAGAGAGCUAUUGGGUGGUUUAAAGAGCAGAAUCAGUGCACACCCGGAUAAUAAGCAGAGGAUUAUUGCUAUUGUCAAGCUGAACUUGAAGUUGGUUGAUGGAAAGUUGGUGCUCAAAACCUGA